AUGAUUGUUCGUGACAAAAUCAUGCCUAUGGCUGGUGAGGAAGGUGUUGUCACAUUUGGCGGCAUUGCCAUACUUCAAGUGAUUGACAAUGUGCCCAUAUGCUGCAAGGAUCUUUACAAUGUUGAGCUUCAUCUCUCAUUCUUGCGCUUGCAUGGGCAAGCCAAUGACUUUAAAAUUCAGUACAGCAGCUUAAAUAAUCAACCACACACUUUAGUAGUUAUCAUCCUUCGAUUAGGAAAGGCCAAACUUUGUAUCCCCGCAUUGUAUUUGCAGUUUGAGGACAACGUGGUAGACCUUUUGCUGGCUUUAAGUGAAGGUCUUUUAAAUAUGAAAUACAAGGAGAGCCUGUUAAUGAGUUACAAGUGGAAAGGGUCUGAAAAUAAUGAAGCUCGGGCUACAGAAGUUGUUCCUGUUUUGCCCGAUGAUGACGAUGAUGCUGUUGAUCCACAUCUUGAGCGUAUUAAGAAUGAAGCAGGUGGGGAUGACAGUGAUGAAGAGGAUGAAGAUUUUGUCCUCAAUAAGGAUGAUGGAGGGUCUCCUACUGACGAUUCUGGAGGGGAUGAAUCUGAUGCCAGUGCUGCCAAUCAUGUAUGGUGGCUUCAGAAAUCUGCAAAGAAGAAGCCAAAAAAGGAGGCUACUGUGUCAAAGCCAUCUACAAGCAGGAAAAAGGCCGAUGGUGAUGCAUCGAAGAAGAAAAAACAGAAAAAGAAGAAGGAUCCAAAUCCUCCGAAGAAGGCAAUUAGUGCUUUCAUGUACUUCUUGCAGAGUAAAAGGGAGAAUGUGAAGAAAAGUAAUUCUGGAAUCGCCUUCUAUGAAGUUGGGAGGAUUAUUGGAGAGAGAUGGAAUAAGCUUCUAUUACUCCCUCCGUCCACUUUUGUCUUGUUGCGCUUUUUGAUAGUCAAUUUGACUAAUUUUCAAACUGAGGAGAAAAAACCCUUUGAGGCCAUGGCCAAGGCAGAUAAGAAGUGCUACAGCGAACAGAUCAGUGAUUACAGGAACCUUCAGCCGACUGCCAUGGAUUCAGGGAGUGAAUCUGGGUGUUUUUAA